UCUAAAUAUAAUGUCAUCCAUUCUUAAGUCAGCAGCUGCUAGACCGAUCUUGGAGAUUCUUAGAUCAUCCCGUAAUGGGAUUGUUUAUGGGGGGAAGUUGAGAUUUUCGCAUGCUUUGGUUAUCAACCUUUUAUAUCGUUCAGGUCCCUUACGCCCGAGACUUGAGCUGGUUAUUAAAGCUACUAAGGAUCAUGCCCAAGUAUUAGCAGCAUUUGCCAUUAUAUAUAAGGGUGCAUGUAAAAUCCUAGAACAAGACUUGGUUCUAGGUAAGAAUAGUGGACUCAUUAAAUUUCUAGCUGGAGCAUUUGGAUCUUGGAUUGUAUAUUCUCAACAUUUCCCAUAUUUCCAUCCAGGAAUUACACAUCAAAUUACAUUAUAUUGUUUCUCUCGUGUUUUAAUUGCUGGUGGGAAGAUUUUGCUUGAUCAUUACUUCAAUUGUAGACAACCAAAGUUUGCUCUUGGUAAAGGAGGUGAAUCAAUUGCAUUUAGAGAUCUUACUGAGGUUCAGAAAAAACACUUGAGACAAAAAGUGUACAAUAAAUCUUGGAAAUAUUUUGCAGUGUUAACCUGGGGCUUGGUUAUGUUUAUGUAUGACUACCAGCCACAAUACUUGCAGAGUUCUCUUCGCCAUUCAAUGGCUUAUAUUUAUGAUGUAGAGAUGCUGCUGUGGGAUACUUGGAGAGAGUUCAUUGGUUUUUAACAGACAUCAUUAUGAUUAAAAUUAAAGCCAAUGACUUUAUGAGCCUUAAUGAAUCUUAUACCCGAGCUAGGGUGGACAUGUCCAGAUGAAUCCCUCCUGGAGAGGAGACUGUUUAUAGAGAUAUCAAU